AAUUCUUAAACUUUUUAACCCAAUUUCGGCGAUCGAGUGCGACAUCAGCAUGAUUUCCGUCGACAAGAUCCAUUUGACUUAGUGGACUUGGGAAGACUUGAACUUUGUUUCAUCAGGAUUUUAUGAACGGCACUUGCUUGUUCACUUGAAUGUUCAGAAAUAAAAAAAUGUCAACUUGCAAUCAGUUUUCCCGAAUUGAUACUGCUGAGCUCAAAUCUCAGCUGUAUAGGAAGCUUGGGCGUCAAAGGGCGGAGAAGUACUUCUAUAACCUUAAGCGGUUACUCAACUUGAGACUCAGUAAGUUGGAGUUCGAGAAAUUGUGUUAUAGUAUCAUUGGGAAGGAAAAUCUUGCUCUCCAUAAUUUGUUCAUCAGAUCAAUCCUUAGCAAUGCUGGUCUUGCAUUUGCUCCACCUAGCAGAGAGACACUUACUGGAAAUUCACGGACAUCCAAAAUGUCUAGCUUUGGCGAAACAUUUCCUACAUCUCCUCGGAGAGGAAGAUCCAUAAACAGUAGGGACCGUAGAUUAGCUGACCGAUCUAGGCUGCUUGGGCCUUACGGGAAAAUUCCUCCAGGACAUGUUCAAGAAGUCACUAACUCUAGUGAUCUACAGAAGUCAAAAGAGCAGCAAAGUGCCCGGGAAUUGAUAUCUAUUGGUAGCAAAGCACUAACUUCCGUGGAAGAUGGGGAAGAGGUUGAUCAAUUUCGAUAUAGCCCAACCGUGCAAAGUAGAAGUCCUUUGAGGCCUCCUCUUGGCAUUCCAGCAAUUGUUGGUGAUCUUCCUCGGAAAUCUGUCCGUAGUGCUUUUGAAUCAAGCUUCCGGAUUGGACAGACAAAUUAUUUUAACAAUUGUUAUCACGCUUCCGGACUACCAGAUUCCAGGGCCUUGAAGGAUAGGCUAGAGAGUAAGUUGGAGGUUGGCGGCCUUGGUUUGUCGGUUGAUUGUGCUGAUGCAUUAAAUCGUGGAAUGGAUGCAUUUCUUAAGAGGUUGAUCAAGCCUUGUAUGGACCUAGCUAGGGCUAGGUCCAGUUCACAUAGGACAAGUCAAGUGGAUGGAAGUACUUUACCUAAUAUGAAAGGUUUAUGGCGAGUGGGUCAAGUGCAAAUAUCAAAUGGAUGCAAUUGUGCUACUUCACUUGAUAUUCAAUUGGCAAUGGAAUUGAAUCCUCAAUUACUUGCAGGUGAUUGGCCAUUACAACUGGAGAAAAUGCGCUUGCAGUUUUCAGAAGAAUGAAAGUUGACCUAUGUAUUGUGACUUUGUUCUCGGUGACAGAUUCUUGAUGAUACUACAGAAUGCAAUUCAAUGGUCCUAUGCCUCUUGAAGCUUUCUAUACUGUGAAGCAAUAAUAUGUUCUAUUGAAAGUUUAAGACAUGCAAAGUUGCCCCAAGAUUCAUGUCAGCAUAUGUCAUAAAGGAUAAAACAUUCAUUGUUCCUUCAUAGGUUUGAUCAUUCUAAAACUGUCAAUUUUCUCGUGUUAGAUCUUACAUUGUAAACAAUCCAAUUUGAGAGCCGAUCAAAAGAAAUUGUAAGUUCAUAGUCAUUUCUGAGUAUGAGUUGUACCAGUAAAUGAUAUACUAGUUUCGACCUCUUGUGUCAUUUUUGAGACUAUAUUUGGGCUUUCUAGUUUAACUUUUAUGAGGUUAGGCAAUUCACCACUCA